AUGGAGGGUCAUCCUUUUGCAAUGCGUUUUUCGGAUAAAGAAGCUCGUUUGGUGCAAGAUUUCACAGAGUUGGAUGUGAAACCUCGAAAUAUUUUGCCAACACUAAAAGCGCAAAAUCAAAAUAAUGUGUCUUCAUUGAAAGCUAUAUAUAAUUUUGUCCAGAAGUUGGGGAGAUCUCUGCGAGAAGGUAGAACCCCGAUGCAGAAUGUUAUGCACAUUUUGCAAACUAAAGGGUACAACUUACAGUAUCGUGUAAACACGAUUACUAAUGAGUUAGAAGAUCUAAUUUUUAUUCAUCCAACAUCAUUAAAGAUGUGGCAAGCAUUUCCAUAUGUGGUGUUGAUGGAUGCUACAUAUAAAACAAACAAGUAUAAUCUUCAUUUUCUAGAAAUUGUUGGUGUCACUUCUACAAACAAGACGUUUUCCAUAGCCUUUGCAUUCAUGCAUGAUGAAAAAACGAGCAACUAUAUAUGGGCAUUGACUUGUUUGAAAUUGACUAUUAACGAUUCUUUUUGUCCACGUGUUAUCAUCACUGAUAGAGUUUUGGCAUUGAUGAAAGCAUGCAAAGAUGUUUUUCCACAAGUAAUCAUUUACUUUGUAGGUGGCAUAUAA